AACUUUCCAAUUAAAACCCCCAUCGUCACAGGUAUCGCAGAAAUCGGGUUUUUUAUUCGAAACCCGGGUCUGUUUCGCUGGCACGGACAUGUGUGCGCCUAUAGAGCAGAUAAUCUGGACAAGAACAGGGGUUGUGGAAGGGGGGAAACACGUUUUUUUUCCCUUUUUUUUUUAGGUGUUGGGGACUGUGCUUGUCAGUGGCACACUGCAUUAGCCUAUCUUGAGAAACAUUUGCUUCUAUUUUAAUCUGUUUUAUGCGAGUAAAUUGCGAUGAUUUUUGUUGGUAUUUUAACAAUGGCGCAGUCUGUGUCUGCUCUCCUCCCCUCGAUCUGCCGCUAAUCCAAUGGCUGUUUGCGGCAGGGGAGGGAGCGGAACGGAACACCCUGAACCACGUUUCUCCUGGACCCCAACUUGGAAGCCAGUCUAGCCUCUCCUUUUUCCCGGGUUAUUUAUGGAAGAGCUGCGCAGCUCAGGUGGUUGCCUUUGUGAUGGACGGGGAGUCGGAACCAAACCCUGUCGUGGCAGAAGAUGUAGGGGAGCGGGUGGAGCCCAUGGAUGCCACUCCCUCUCCCCAGCAAAAGCCCACGCCUCCUUCCGAAGAGUCUAGUGAGGCAGUUUCCAUGGUAACGGAAGAUGGAGCCACAAAGGAGGGUGGCACAGAGGACAAUGAUGAUGAUGUGGUUCUCGUAGGGGAGGAAGCUCCCCAGCCUUCUGCCACAACCCUCUCCCAAGACACGCCCAGCACAGACUGCCCAGAGCUGGCAGCUGCUGUGGCAACUGUAGACACGUCCACAGCAGCAAAGACCCCAGGCUCUCCUGCGUCUUCCAACGCAUCUACAACAGCAGCAGCACCUCCGAAGCCUCCAACCACAACAACCGAGCCUAUUGUCAUUGAUGACGAGGAGGACUCUGAACAGAGAGACACGUCCUCGUCCACUCCGGUGCCUCCUGAAGGCACAUCUGCAUCCCACUCCCCAGGUGCACUCAGCAGCACUGAGCCAGAUUCUGAGAUCAGGAUAGCCAGUGUCACUACAUUAGGGUCUGCUAGCCAGAAAGGAGGCUCCACAGUAAAUUCCCCUCCACAUCCAGAGGAUGCUCAGCCAGACAUGAACCUGAUGAUAACCUCUGUGACAUCACUGCAAGGAGGAGCAGCAGCUGUCGCAGCAGCAGGUGAGGGCCAGGCGGAAGAAAAUGGUCUACAGAUCCACAAUACGUUCAGUCUGAAUCCUGACACCCCAUCUAGUCGACCAACCGCCUCCUUUAACCCUGGGCGGGGCUCAGGUCCCAUGGGCCAGCUGGUACAGAAUGGGGACAUGGGCACACACAAUAGAGCAGAUUCUUGGAUUUCUCAGUCAGCUUCAGUCCCCCGCAACCAAAAACAGACAGGGGUGGACUCUCCAUCACCAGCCACUUCGCUGCCCAAACCUCCAGGCCAGUCUUCCUCAACUACUUCCUCCUCAGGCUCCCAGCCACAGCCCAGGACAGUCAAGGUGACCUGUGCAAACUGUAAAAAGCCUCUGAAAAAAGGCCAAACAGCCUACCAGCGUAAAGGCUCCACACACCUGUUCUGCUCCACCACCUGUCUGUCUGCCUUCUCACACAAACCUGCCCCCAAGAAGAGCUGCACCAUGUGCAAAAAGGACAUCACAAACAUGAAGGGUACCAUUGUGGCCCAAGUCGACUCCAGCGAGUCUUUCCAGGAGUUCUGCAGCACUGGCUGCUUAGGCGCAUACGAGAACAAGCAAAAUCCUCCCAAAUCAAACCUCAAAACCAAAUGCACCGUCUGUGGCAAGCACACGGAGAUCCGGCAUGAGGUUAGCUUUAAGACUGUGACCCAUAAGAUCUGCAGCGACGCAUGUUUCAACGUUUACCGCAGGGCCAACGGUCUGAUCAUGAACUGCUGUGAGCAAUGUGGUGACUACCUUCCCAGCCGGGCAUCAGCCAACCACUCGCUUCUGGUUGACGGUCAGCAGAAACGCUUCUGCUGCCAGAACUGCAUCAGGGAGUACAAACAGGCUCACAGUAAACUUGAGAGCUGCCUGUCUUGCAAAACACUGAUUAAGACGGGAGAAGUACUCCAUAGCGUCGGGGCAGGUGGCACCAUGGUCUCCUACUGCUCUGUUAAUUGUAUGAACAAGGGCAAGCUGACAACAACAUCCUUCAUCAGCACAGAGCCCACCUGUCAUUUCUGUAAGAGGAAUUCUUUACCACAGUAUCAGGCCACGCUAUCAGAGGGAAAUGUCCUUAACUUCUGCAGCUCACAGUGUGUAACCAAGUUCCAGAAUGCUACUCUUCAGACAGCCACCAAUGGACAGGCACCUUUGUCCACCACAAACAGCACAGUCAAGCUGAAAUGUAACUACUGUCGAGGAGCGUUCAGCUUGAAGCCUGAAAUACUGGAGUGGGAGGAUAAGGUCUACCAGUUCUGUAGUAAGACGUGUUGUGAAGACUACAAGAAGCUUCAUUGUAUUGUGACAUUUUGCGAGUACUGCCAAGAGGAGAAGACACUACAUGAGAUGGUCAAGUUCUCGGGGGUCAAGAGACCGUUCUGCAGUGAAGGUUGCAAGUUGUUAUUCAAGCAGGAUUUUAUUAAGCGUUUGGGUCUGAAAUGUGUGAGCUGUAACCACUGCAACCAACUCUGUAAGAGAGGUGUAACCCGACAGCUCGGAGGCAUGACCCGGGACUUCUGCAGCGAGGCGUGUGCCAAGAAGUUCAACGACUGGUACUAUAAGGCGGCGAGGUGUGACUGUUGUAAGGUGCAGGGUAACCUGACAGAGUCCGUGAUGUGGAGGUCAGAGGUGAAGCAUUUCUGUGAUCAGGAGUGCCUGUUAAGGUUCUACUGCCAGCAGAAUGAGCCCAUCAUGGUCACACAGAAGGGCCCUGAGAAUACGACCCUAGGGAUUGAUGUGCCAGGGGCCAAACUUGGGCUGGUAAACCAGAGCACAGCGGCAUACACUGGCGGAGGUUUGGUGAGAGAUGUAAAGAACAAGGCGGUGCUCUGCAAACCACUCACACUGACCAAGGCUACCUACUGCAAGCCACACAUGCAGAGCAAGCUCUUACAGACAGAUGUAGAUGAUGGUGUGAAGAGGGAGUACGUGCCUGUACCUAUACCUGUGCCCGUGUUCAUUCCCAUGCCUAUGAAUAUGUAUUCACAGGUCACUCCCACUCCUCUCUCUCUGCCUGUACCGGUUCCUGUGCCUGUGUUCUUGCCCACUACCCUGCAGGGGGCAGAAGAGAUCGUCCAGACCAUCAACGAACUGAAAAACAAGGUGCCCUCUGAUCCUCUGGAGGCCGACCUGAUCACAAUGGCUGAGGUGAUAACAGAGGAUCGGAAGCCAGAUGUAAAGCCUGUGAAGGUGAAGAGGGAGCCUGAAGGCGAGGAGUCUUCCAGCAGCACCAGCAGCAGCUCUGAGGAAGAAGAGGAGGAGAAGUAUGAGCCUGACCUGGACUUGGAGGCAGACUUUCCUCAAGGAGUGUUAUUUCCUCUCUCAGCCUCAGACCCCGCUCCUGUUCCAGAGGGAAUGGAUGAGGAUAUGAGCUUUGCUUUACCUCCAGUUCUGACAGAGGAGAAGGAGGAACCGAAGGAGGAGGAGAAGGAGGAACCGAAGGAGGAGGAGAAGGAGGAACCGAAGGAGGAGGAGAAGGAGGAACCGAAGGAGAAGGAGGAACCGAAGGAGGAGGAGAAGGAGGAACCGAAGGAGAAGGAGGAACCGAAGGAGGAGGAGAAGGAGGAACCGAAGGAGGAGGAGAAGGAGGAGGAGAAGGAGGAACCGAAGGAGUCGGCACCUCGACCACAAUCCAGGAGAAAAGGGAACAAGAAGCUGGCACUGGAGGAGAAGUCAGAUGUAGCGUCGUCCUCUUCUUCAAAUUUAACAAACAGAACCUCAGAAGGACGAUCACUGCCUCUCAAAGCUCGCUACGGUAUCAAUGCCUGGAAACGCUGGGCACUGUCUCCUCCUGAUCAGUCGGAUGACACCAAAGCACAGGAAAGCUCCAAAGCAGCCCGGCCAAAAAGUAACCUCUUGUCAAUGAGUUCAGAGGAGCUGAACGUGGCUCUGUCCCGUUUUGUCAGGGAGGUCUGCAGGCCCAGUGGGGAGCGCUACUCUCCGGACAGCAUCCUCUACCUCUGUUUGGGGAUCCAGCAGCAUCUUCACUCCAAAGGCCGGAAGGAUGACCUGUUCAGUGAUCCAUGCUACCAGCAGUUUGGAGAGGAGCUUAACAAGGUCCUGAAGGACUGGCAGCCCAGUGUACUUCCUGAUGGCUCGCUGUGGGGUCGAGUGGAAGAGCAGAGCCUGUGGAGCAGUCGUCAUCUCGGGGAGCAGAGUCCCGCCGCUCUGCUGCGCUCGCUCAUUUACCUGAACACCAAAUACUUUGGCCUGCGCACCGUGGAGCAGCACCUGCGCCUCUCCUUCUCUAACGUCUACGGCCCGGACACACUCCAUCCUGUUACCAAGGAGACCACAGUCUGCAUCCACGUGCCUUCCAUCUCUCAGGAUCACCAUGUGCAAACAGAGUCGAGGAAGAGAAAACGAAAGGUCGAGGACGACGAGCAGGAGGAACGCGACAGCAACUCUGGAGACUCCGCCCAACGCUGCCCGGCUAAGAAGCACGAGUGUCACCUCUAUGAACUCUACAGAUCCAAGUGUCCUCUCUCGUUGCAGAAAAGCCUAGAUGUGUUUUAUGUUCAGCCGGAUCCGGCCUGCAGCCCAGAUGACCCGCUGUGGUUCAGCUCCACACCGCUGGACCGACGAAUCCUGGAGAGCCUCCUCAUCAGAGUCCUCCUCGUCAGGGACAUUUACUCAGACAAACAACUUCAGGAGGAAAACACGGAGGAAGAGGGUGGGGGUGAAACAGUUGGAGGGGAGUAGCAGUUGCUUGGACUUCUGUUGGUAGUCUGCAAAGACAGGAGGGGAGGGGGACACGUAGGGUAUAUAGUAGAAUGUGUCCUCUUCACCUGUCUUAUCUUGUAGUCCUCGUUUCCCUCUUCACUGACUUGCUGUUUCCUCCAGGUGAGGAACAUCCACAACAGAAAAAGCAGAGGCUGAUUAAAAGUAGUGGUGAAAAAGCAGCCCAAACUUUUACUUCUGCCUCAGAGAGGAAGCUUGAGGAGGACCGGCAUAGAGAUGAACUCCGAUAAAUAUGAGGAUGAGAGGGGAUGAAGAGCUCACUGUCACAAUUAAAUCAGGUAGAAAACGUGUAUUGACAGUUAUAUUUUCAUGACAGAAUUUUCUGUUGUGCAUUUCCAUGGAGUCUGAGUGUGUCCAUUAUGCUCAAGCAGCGUAAAAACAUUAAAGAUUUGCCAGAAUCCCACUUUUUAAGAAGUUAUAGCAGCCACUAGGAUACCACAGGGCAGUACCAAGCAGCACAGAGGCAAAGGCACACAGUUGAAACCAAAUUUACCACCAAGAAUGGGGAAGACAGCAGGAAGAAGUGUUCCCCAGCUGUGCUGUUCAGAAUCCCAUCGUUGAAGCAAUUGGCAGUUCAGCUUUAAAAAAACAACAAAAAAAACACUCCUGGUUCAAGUUUAGCAUUUCCGUGUCUGACAGAAAGAUCGCAGCUUUGACCGCAGACAUUUUUUCAGUGAAAGUAAGGGUGUCAUUUUUGUGUUCAAGUAACAUUUGGUUUAGACCGGAGUCUCAUGCUUAAGUAGAAAUUUGGUGUUAAAGUGCAGUCAGACUGCUUUUAGUCUUGUUUUCACCCAUUCAAUCACAUCGCUAACGGCAGCAGUCGUCUGGAGAGCGCUAACAUUUAUCCCCACUGCUGCUCGAGUCCUUUACACACACGUUGUAAAACAAGAAGACAGAAUCGCCAACACCUUGAGAUUUUGUGCAAAACACAAACACGGGGUAAAAAUUGGAAGUUGGAUUCAUUCUGGAAAUGAACAUUGACUAAAUAGUGUCUGACUGCACUUCUGUGUCAGUUUCCUUCCUUGUAUUUAAGUUGGUGUCACACAAGAAUCACUUUCCUGCUUUCCAGCUCUGGUCAGAUGGUCAGACUUAACCUUUGACAGGGCAGAUGUGUCUGAGUGGGGUUUUUUUUUUUUUUUUUUUUUUUUUUAGUUUUUGUCAGUAUUGUAAAUGUGUACCACCAAUGAUGUCAAACUGAAAACUUUAGGUGUGAGAAAUUUUGGAAAGUGGAAUUUCAGAAUUUCCAGUACAUGUGAGAAUGCAGCACAAGAUCAGCACCCUCUUUGUCCCAUUAACUGCGACCUGUUGUAUCCCACAUGUUCAUUAUGGGCCGCUUUCAUUCUCCCAUGAACCCACACGCUGCUCUUCCUUUGUCAGUACUGCUCUCAGGCUAAAACCGCUGCACCACAGGGGGACUUCAGCUCACAAGGGAAAGGAGUCAGGACUGAUCCCAGGACAGGAAAGGGUCUGACUCACUGCGGUGCAGUGGAAAGGCACCCUGCCAACAUGCUGCGUUUCUUUAUUGGACAUUAGGGAAACCUCCAUUCAUGCAAUGUAGCAUUACAUGCAUACUAAGCCCAAAUUGGGUUGCUUUGAUGUGUAAAUAUCUCCAAGGCGAGGCGCUUGUUUGAGAUGGAGACGACGCAGAGGAACACUGUAGUUUGGGAUAAAGAAAAUGAAUUUGAAAACCCGCCUCCUGAGAAGCCUUGUUCUGUUUUUGUUUUUUAAAUACAGCUGAUUAUUUAUUUCUUUUUAUUAGUUUGACUGUAUCCUCUUUACACAUGGGCUUGAUUUUCUUGUUUGUUUUUUAAGUGGGGAUCAUUUCCUUCUCUUGCCGUUCAUUCAGAAUUUGCUGCAGACCUGCACCCUCCUCGCCCGUUAAAAGAAUUUUGGUGAACGAUGAAGGCCGUGGAUUAGUUUAACAACCCAUUGUUUGUCCCUGUGUUUGUAUUUGUAGUUUACUUUCAAUUUAACUUAGUUUAAGUGAUGAGCAUGUGUUAAGUGUCCUGUUCUUUGCUUUUGUAGAGCGGUAGCACUGCAAUGCAAAAGCUUGCUUCAUGACAUAUAAUUAGUUAGGUGCUAGAUCUUUUAAAUUUUUUUUUUUUUUUUUUUUUUUUUUUUUUUGUGAGCUGAACUUGUUUUUGAAGUUACACUAUCAUAUUUUUUUUUUUUUUUUUUUUUACAUUUUACUUGUUCCCCCUACUUUUUACUUUUUAAAGUUUGAUUAAAUUUCAUCAAGUAAAAAUGACAUUUAAAAUUCCAAGUAAUAUAAGAUUUGGAGUUGAAUAUGAGAUCGUGUGAAAGCUUCCACAGCCAUUCCUCAAAAUUUAAGGAAUGUCCUCUUAAUGCGGAGUUUGACUUUUCCAUGAAUGCAAUCAACAUCUAAAAUGUAUUGCUAAUCUAAAACUUGUCCUCGUGCACAAUCCACAUCACACCCACCUGACUGAAGCGGAUUUAACUGGUGAACAAAGUCAGGGAAUACACUUCCAGAGUUUUAUUUUCCCAAAAGAACAGGCGUUCCUGUUCAUUUGUACAACUGUUUGCAUUUAUUAGGGUGAAACUGCAGCAUGACAUUUCAGGAAGAACUGUUUGGAUUUGGAUGGAGAACACUGGUCAGAUUUUCUGACUCCAGAUCAGUGUGUUUAGAACAUUAAUUUCGUCUGUGAAAGUUUGAAGCAGACCUUGGAUCAGAGGACCCCAAUUAACAUGGCUGACUCAUAGGCAGCAGCCAAAUAUGCCACAGGUUUGGACCUACAGAAGAUGCUGUGGCUGGCUUUAAUGCCUAAUGUGAAUGUGCCUAUCUGUAUAUACUGAAAGUGAGUGACUGUGACUUGAGUCUGAUGCUAUGUGUGUGGGCUGAUAUGCUGAUACGGUCAUGUUAAAUAAAGAAGUCAUUUUCUAACCA